GUCUCCCACCUUACUGCGUUGUUUCGUGAGCAAUUUCGUUGUUUCAAAGCACCAUCAGGAGCAUUUCUUCGUGGAAUGCGCUUCUCCUGCUGAGCGAUUUCUCUCUUUAGAAAAAAAGCGUUUGCGCUCUCUCGUUGGGAGCUAAGACUAAGAGCAAAAGCUUUCGGCGCGGCGGCGAGGGAUCUACUGAACUUUUAGGAGCUCAAAAAUGACGGUCACACCGGGGAUCUCCAUCAACGACGGGAACCUUGUGGUUCAGGGGAAGACUAUACUGACUGGAGUGCCUGAUAACAUUGUGCUGACGCCGGGAUCAGGUUUGGGGCUUGUCGCUGGUGCCUUCAUUGGUGCCACGGCUUCCGAUAGCAAAAGCCUCCAUGUGUUCCCCAUGGGUGUUUUAGAGGGACUUCGAUUCAUGUGUUGUUUCCGGUUCAAGCUGUGGUGGAUGACUCAAAGAAUGGGGACAUCUGGGGGAGAAGUUCCUCUGGAGACUCAAUUCAUGCUCGUAGAGAGCAAAGAUAACACUGAAGGAGACAAUCAAGAUGACGGCCCAACCAUCUACACUGUCUUCCUCCCUCUCCUUGAAGGCCCGUUCCGUGCUGUUCUGCAAGGCAACGACGAGAAUGAGAUUGAGAUUUGCCUCGACAGUGGAGAUAAUGCUGUUGAGACAAAUCAAGGCCUUCACCUUGUCUACAUGCAUGCUGGAACCAAUCCUUUCGUAGUAAUCAACCAGGCUGUAAAGGCUGUAGAAAAACAUAGGCAAACUUUCCAUCAUCGUGAGAAGAAAAAGUUGCCUUCUUUCGUUGACUGGUUUGGCUGGUGCACAUGGGAUGCUUUCUAUACAGAUGUCACAGCUGAGGGCGUUGAGGAAGGCCUUAAAAGCUUAUCCAAGGGAGGGACACCUCCAAAAUUCCUAAUUAUAGAUGAUGGUUGGCAGCAGAUUGAAAGUAAACCCAAGGAUGCUGAUGCUGUUGUGCAAGAAGGAGCACAGUUUGCAAGUAGGCUGACAGGAAUCAAAGAGAAUGAAAAAUUUCAAAAGAAUAGCAAGAAUGAUGAACAGCUCUCAGGCUUGAAGCAAGUUGUAGAUGGAGCCAAGCAACAUCACGACGUGAAAUAUGUGUAUGUGUGGCAUGCUCUAGCUGGUUAUUGGGGUGGAGUGAAGCCAGCAGCCGAUGGUAUGGAACACUAUGACACUGCUCUCGCAUAUCCAGUGCAGUCCCCUGGUGUACUAGGCAACCAACCAGACAUAGUCAUGGACAGUCUGGCUGUUCACGGCCUGGGUCUGGUGCAUCCAAAGAAGGUUUUCAACUUCUACAAUGAGCUUCAUGCUUACCUGGCAUCAUGUGGAGUAGAUGGAGUAAAAGUUGAUGUGCAAAACAUUAUUGAGACUCUGGGUGCUGGCCAUGGUGGCAGAGUUUCUCUCACAAGUAUCUACAACCAAGCCCUUGAGGCCUCAAUUGCUCGAAACUUCCCUGACAAUGGAUGCAUUGCUUGCAUGUGUCACAACACUGAUGGGAUGUACAGUGCCAAGCAGACUGCUGUGGUGAGAGCUUCUGAUGACUUUUACCCUCGGGACCCUGCUUCCCAUACCAUCCAUAUUUCCUCUGUGGCUUACAACUCCCUCUUCCUCGGAGAAUUUAUGCAACCUGACUGGGAUAUGUUCCAUAGUCUACACCCAGCAGCAGAUUAUCAUGGUGCAGCUCGCGCAAUUGGUGGAUGUCCAAUUUAUGUUAGUGAUAAGCCUGGCCAUCACAACUUUGAACUUUUGAAGAAACUGGUCCUCCCUGAUGGAUCAGUUCUCCGUGCCCAGCUACCUGGUAGACCCACCCGUGAUUGUCUCUUUGUUGAUCCAGCUAGAGAUGGGAAAAGCUUGCUCAAAGUAUGGAAUGUAAACAAAUACUCUGGAGUAGUUGGUGUGUUCAACUGCCAAGGUGCUGGAUGGUGCAAGAUUCAGAAGAAAACCCGCAUCCAUGAUGAAUCUCCUGGUACCCUUACUGGUUCUGUCCGAGUUACUGAUGUUGAACUCAUGGCUGAAGUUGCCGGUGCCAAUUGGAACGGGGAGACGGUUGUUUAUGCCCAUAGAUCAGGAGAAGUGGUUCGCCUACCAAAUGGUGCUUCGGUACCGCUGACACUUAAAGUUCUUGAGUAUGAGCUUUUCCACUUCUGUCCACUUAGGGAAAUCACAUCCAGCAUUUCAUUUGCGCCAAUUGGGCUGCUCGACAUGUUCAACACUGGUUGUGCAGUGGAGCAGGUUGAGGUCCAUAUGGCUUCCGACAGGAAAUCGGAGCUCUUUGAUGGUGAAGUUUCAUCAGAGCUGACCACUUCUCUCGGUGAGGAUCGAUCUCCAACUGCUACAAUUGCCCUUAAAGUCCGGGGAUGUGGACGGUUUGGUGCUUACUCUUCCCAGCGGCCAUUGAAGUGCAGAGUGGGGAAUGCUGAGACUGAAUUCAACUAUGACUCAGCAACUGGAUUGGUUGCCUUUAACAUCCCAGUCCCAGAAGAAGAGAUGUACAGAUGGCCUCUAGAGAUCCAAGUUUAAGUAUUUUCAGUAUCAUGAUAUUGUCUGAGUAGAAUGCUCUACCAUUAUUAGGGAGAGUGGAGGUUGAGAGGGCUCAGGCACAUGUUUACUGGUGAUGCGUGGCUUGGAUCAGAUGAUGUGCCUUUGUAUUGGAAUAACUUUGGCGAACUAUGUUUGUUGUUCAUUUCUCCUAAAUAAAAAUGCUUAUUUCUUCUA